AGCUGGAGAAUACGAGCCUGCUUGUGUGCAGUCCCGAGAAUUACAUGCGGUGCAUAGGACAAGAAAAGGCGCUGGACACGUAUACGGAAAUUGUCUUUUCUAGAGCAGAGAAAGAAUGCAAACCUCUGUGCACAGAAACCUCUUAUGAAGUGGGGGUCACCUACGAUCACCUGAAUCCAGCUUACGUGGAGAGUGUGACUAACCAGCUUGGAUACGACCUCAAACAAAGUGAGAAAGUGGCGAUGGUUGAGGUCUAUUACAACAUGCUGUCAGAGCGCGUCAUCACGUAUACGGCGUUCUCCGUCAUCGACCUCAUCAGCAGCACGGGGGGCAUCCUCGGUCUCAUCAUUGGAGGCAGCGUCCUCACCGUCAUCGAAUUCGUCACGUUCCUACUUUGGCUCGCCCAGCGGCUCGUACGACUGGGAAGCGAACGGAUGCUGGAGUCCAAACGUCUCAAGGUGACGGUGGUGGGUGCGACCGAGUCGCCGAAUGCAUGGAGGACCCUGCCCUGUCCCGAAGCGAAGACGGAGGAGAGGAGGCUCGCCAUGCGCGACUCUCUCUUCAUCUGAAUCUUCGCAUGCACUUUUACAUAUCAGACGAUUUGACG